CUCCUCCUCCUCUCUUCAGCUCCCCCCUCAGUCUCCAGUACAUGGAUCACUCUUCCUCCUCUCUUCAGAUCACCUGCUCUGUGGUAUCUCCUGUGUAAACCCGCAGGCCCCGCCCCAUUGAUGACGAGACUCCGCCUCUUCCGGUGACAUCACACCUGACGGGACCUCCUCCAUUCUCGUCAGUACCGGGAUUGUUCUCCCGCGGACAUUUGUCACCGGAAGUAACGAAUUCCCGAACGUCGGAGAGCCCCGGAUCCGGCGGGAGCUGUGAGUGUGGUGAAUCUCUCGAUGGCCGCUCUUUCCCUCCACUCGGACCCAUUUGCUGAGGUUGGCGCCUCCACUGUAAAGCCGUUUUCUCAGAGGGUGGUCCGGCAUGCCCUGGCCAUCAUGCAUCUCCUCAUCACGGAGGGGGAUCUGGCGGGGGACAUGACGCUGCGUCUGUCACUAGAUCAGCGGACUGAAGACCAGAAAAUUGUCAUUGAUCAAAUCAUGAAGCUGGUUCUGGGAAUUCUGCACCUGCUGAACGAGGGCCCCGGGUCUCAUGAACAAGCUGUGAACUUGUCAGAUGAAGACUGGACGCAUCUAGAGAGAGAGCAGCGGGAGCUGUACGACGACCUCCUGACCGAGAACGAGCAGACCCUGCAGGGCACGGGGUCCUUCAAUGUCAAAAUGGAGACUGCACUGGGAAUGGGGCAGAAGGAAACUCCUCCAACCAGUGUGUCUGCCAGCGGCCAGGAUGGAAAGUCCGAUGCCUGCAGCGAUGCCCCGGCCGAUCCCCCCAGAAGUCCAUUGCCGGAUUCCUACCACCCCAACACCUUCUUAAGUCCUGGGAGCGAUUGCAGCCGUUCCUUCCAUGAAACAUCUGGUCGUACAAGUGCGCAUGGAGUGCCUUCUUCAGCUUGCCUCGGUGCCUUCCAGAGAACAUGCCCCGACCCCUGCAAGGACCCCUAUGGGACUAUAUUUCCAGAUGCCUCAGGUGUCAACAGCUACAGCGAGGCCUAUGCCAGUAGCUCCACAGACGACUUUACAGUAGAAAACAUGCACAUUAUUCAUAUCAAGCAGGAAGGAUCCCUCCCCGACCUCCUACCGCAAAGUAAGGCUGUGGACCGCGAUGUCUUUGCUGAGAAUCUGUGUGGGGAGCAAUCGGUCAAACAAGAGGAACUACGUGGCUUUGCUGGUGGGACAUUAAUGGUUUCACACGGGAGCAUCAACACUAAACACACUUCUAGAAUUACAACCCUCAAUGAACAAGUGAAGAUCCUUCUCAGCAAGUCCAUGAAGAAGCGUCCGACAAAGAAGCGUUUCCAAUGUCCGAGAUGCGAAAAGAGCUUCCACUGUCAGUCGCACCUCAUUAUGCAUCAGAGGGUGCACACUCGAGAGAGGCCCUAUGUCUGCGAGUGUGGAAAGACCUUCACUCAGAGUUCUAGCCUGUUCAGACACCAGAGAGCCCAUCGGGGGGAGCGACCUUACAUUUGCCCUGACUGUGGGAAAACAUUCACCCAGAGCUCCUAUCUUCAAAUUCACCAAAGAACACAUACAGGAGAGAGACCCUACGCCUGUGGCUAUUGUGGCAAGUGUUUCCGUGUCAACUCCACUCUUGUCAGGCACCAAAGGGUUCAUGUGGGGGAAAAGCCAUAUAUAUGUGGCAAAUGUGGUAAAAGUUUUAGCCAGAGUUCCUAUCUGUACAUUCAUCAGAAGACGCACACCGAGGAAAGGCCGUUCACUUGUAAUCAGUGCGGAAAAAGCUUCAAAGUCAACUCCUCUUUACUCCGACAUCGUAGACUUCAUCUAGUGGAAGCCGGCGAGUGUCCGCACAGCUAGAAAGUGUGCGGCUCCUGGGGGAGGAGGACUCCACAAAUGUCACCAGUAUUCAUGUACAUAGCAUUGUAUUAUAUAUCGAAUGUUGGUGUUCAUGCCCUUUGUAAGAUGAAUAGAAGAGAUUUCAACCUGGAAAACUGUUUAUCUGUUUUGUAUGAAAAGGUUUAGAAGAAAUGCCGACGGCUCCUUAUUCUGUAGUCAUCGGAUUUGAGGGUGGAUCACAUUAUUUUACUAUGUAACUCUCAGGAGA